AUGGAGCAAGAUGAACAUCAGCGACAAAUGGAGAUGGAGCUAGACGAUCUGGAGGACUUCACCCUCCUGACGAUGUCCAUGGGGGGUCCCCAGAAGUGCGUGGCCGCCAUUCGCAUCCUGGCUUAUGGAUUACCAGCCAAUGCAGUCGACGAGUAUGAUGUCCGCCGCCUCGUCGAGGAAGGUGAACAACGGGGAUUCCCGGGAAUGCUUGGCAGCACAGACUGCAUGCAUUGGACGUGGCGUAAUUGCCCAUCAUCGUGGAAGGGCAUGUUCACCGGCCGUGGGAAGUCACCUUCUAUGAUUCUAGAGGCUGUGGCGUCCAGGAACUUAUGGAUUUGGCACGCUUACUUUGGAAUGCCAGGUAGCUGCAACGACAUCAACGUUCUUAACAGAUCGAGUCUCUUUGACCGCUUCAUGCAGGGGACCUCGACGCCGGUGAACUUCACAGUCAAUGGGCAUUCAUACAACAUGGGAUAUUACCUGGCAGAUGGAAUCUACCCAGACUGGCCCGCAUUUAUGAAGACCGUCCGUCAGCCGAUGGAGAUGAAGACUCGCCUCUUCACCGCAAAACAGGAGGGUGCUCGGAAGGAUAUUGAGAGAGCAUUUGGUGUGCUGCAAGCCCGGUGGGCAGUGAUUCGUGGGCCGGCCUAUCCAUGGGACAGGGACGACGUGCGGGAUAUGAUGACCGCAUGCAUAAUUAUGCAUAACAUGAUCAUCGAGGACGAGGGUGACAGGGCAACGAACACCAUCUUUGAAAAUCCCGGGCAGCAUGUCGACCUAUCAACGGGGAACUUGGGGGACCGACAUGCUUUUGUUCAAGCACAUCACCGGCUACGAGAUCGUGAUGUCCAUUUUCGCCUGCAGUCGGACCUAAUUGUGCAUAAUUGGAAACUACAUGGGUCGAGGGUUACCAGUGCGAUGGAUGUGCCACAUGUGUGA